AGCAGCUGGAGCUCCAUCCUGCGGACAGUGUGUACCUCUGUGUUUUAAUGGGUGGAGACUGCCUCCUCCAAAAUAUAACGUUUGUCAGAGAGACAACACAGCUUAACCACCAGCAGCUAUUACAGGCCGUGGAACCUGAAAUUAUUUUUUUGCUCACAUAGUUUUAAGUCACGCACAGUACAUUGUAUCAGUUUGAUAACGUUACAAAACAAGAGAGAUGAGUCAGGCGGAGCAGGUGCCUGAGGAUAUGCCUGCAUACCUCAAUGAUGAGCCAGUAGCUACAGAUGACAACAUCAAGGACCAUCCACAGACGCAGCCGGGCAUGUUCGGCAGGUUGGCGGGGGGCUUGUACGGUGCCACCAAGGGAGCUGUAGGAGCGACGGUGGGCGGUGUGACCUGGAUAGGAGGAAAGAGUCUGGACCUCACCAAAAGCACCGUCUACUCUGUAGCUGCUCUGUGUGGGAGGGGGGGGGGGGUGUUAAAAAAGGGGUGUGUUGGGGGGGGGGGGGGGGGGGGGGGGGGGGGGGGCUCUGCAGUGGUCAGCAAAGUUCCCAUAGGAGGAGGCAAAAAGAAGGACAAGUCUGACUGACGGGGAGAGGAGAGUGAACACACACAGCUGAGGUGUUAUGGCUCGUACUGUGCUGUUGCCUGUGUUAGCAAUCGUGAGCAACAGAGGACUCAAAAGUUUAGUGUACACAUUUUGGUGAGGGGUCUUUGUUUUUGUUUGUUGUUUUUAAUGUGAUUGUUGGUAAACCCACCUUCAUAUACUUUCUGUGGCUAGGACCCACAAAGCAAGAACUAACAAAGACUUUCCUGCUCUGUUGUUAAAUGAAACACACUAUAAUCACCAGUGCCUGAAAUUGCUCAAAUAAAAUGUCCAUGUUUCAUAUUUGAUAAUAAGCGACAACACUGCAAACUGUUGUGUUCGCCACAUAAGUUAACAUCAGUACCAGAGGACAAAAGCUCAGAGUGUAAAUGCACUUAAAUUUCACUUGCAGGACAAUCAUUGAUCAAUGAUGAUCUGUAACUAACAAGGUGUUUCACUGUCAACUGACAAACAUGUGGAUCAGAAAAUGUGUAUAGGGUGACUAAAUCACCUUUCUGCUCAGUUCACUUUGUUCAGCCUGCACAAAUGAACAAAUACGUCUGAUCAAAGAGUACAGUCCAGGUUAAUAUCGAAACCACCUGCUGGCUGUAACUGAAUAUUCCUCUGAGGAGUUUUUGUAACAAUUUCAAUUUUUUCUGAAUUCACAUCGCCCUCUGGUGGUUAUAUUCUCACUGGAGUGGAGGGUGACUCGUACUUUUGAUACAUAAUCUAAAUCAUUACAAUAAAAUAUAAAAGUCAGAGUAUUUUGAUUGCAAUUCCUUUCCAGCUGUAGUGUUAAUUGAUUCACUAUGACUAUCAAUAAAUAACAUUUUAUACAUAACCUCUUUUGACUAACUAUAUUUUGAUAGUUACUGUUGGUUGAUUUCACUCCUAAAUCAAAGUAUGUCAACAUUUCUCCUUUGGACACAUACGCUUCGUGAUGGCAUUAGUUUCUCCCACUGUAUCAAAUAAUUAGUUUUCACCCUGAACGUUUCUCUAAUGCUCCUCCAUAUUGCUUAGCGUCACUGUGUUGACUGUUGUAGGGAUCUGAUGGCUGUAUUUCUUGACGUUGCAUUCAAUACGAUACACAGACUUUUUAGUGUUAACUACAUUUUUAAGCUGACAAGCCCGUAAUAGUAAAUUUAAUUAAAAAAGUAGUUUUUGUAAAAUGUAACUUGAAAAUGUCAUUUAAGUCUUGUAUAACGCAAAACAAAGCUUUUAAAGCUUUUGUUUCAUCCAUGUUGCAGAAUGUUUUGAAGUGAAAAUGAGAAUUUAUUGAAACAUGGCAAUAUUAUAUUGUUUAAAUAAAACAUGCUGAAGGUUG